GCAUGGCUAUGGUAUUACGUUAAUUAAGGGUCUUUGUUCUUUUCAGUGAGAGUUUAGAAAAUAUGUCAUAUUAACUCAAGUUACUUGAUUGUUCGACUAAUCGUAUUGGUCAAAUUGAAACUUUAAACAUAAACGCGAAAUUGUACAGGUAAAUCUCUCUUUAAAGUGGCACUUCUAUAUGGGCUUUUGUUCAGGUAACUUAACAUGCCUGGAGAGCAACUAGCAUGCGUUUGGCAGGCGGUGGCAGCACUAGAUGUCACCAAGAAAUGUGCAGUCAGCGCACCAACAGAAAUAGUAAAAGCAGUAACCAAAAGUAUCAGUGGCUUACAGACUGUGAAUUUCUCGGAACACAUCUUCAAUCAGACAUUUCAAGACGAAACCAUUAAAUUUGAGGAUUACAAAAUAUAUGUUAAAAAUUCUCUGCGAGAGAAAGGAGUUUCUUUCGGUAUUCUCCUUGAAAGUAUUGAAGAGGCCUGCUGGGAUGUGAUUAAAACAACAUGUAAAAGUUCCAUAUCUAAUGAUGACCUAUACAAAUUAUGGAAAAUCAACAACCGGUUAGUGAGAGAAGAUACAUAUCCACCUGUUUUGUGUAAAGAAGAGGCUUGCUGGUUUACCGACAAGGUCCUUGGUAACUUCGGGAACAUAAUCAAAUCAACUGAUGAAAUGUUCAAAGCAGACAGUUUCAUUUUUAUGGAUUUCAUCAAAAUACUCGAAGAUCUUGUGUUCAAAGAAGUAACGGUAGAUAAAACAAAAGCAUGCAUUGAUGACCUUUAUUCCUGGCUUGUAUUAGAGAUUUUGAAAAAAGAGAAAGUAUACGUUAGAUGUAGGAAGCAAUCAAACUGGUCGACAUGGGCAAAGCGCAGCUGCGUCCUUACUCCACGAAGUGUAAGUGUAUAUACCGGAAGUCCAGAUAAAGUUAGAAUUCAAAGCAGCACUAAGAAAAUAGAGUUAGUAAUUACUAAGAAUACAAAAGUAGAAAGUCUCCCAAUGUACAGUGGAAUAAUACAUCAUUUAAAAGGCAGAUUUUGUAUAGCAAACCAUCCAGUUAUAGAAUUGGAAAUAGCAGUUGAAGAUGACUUCGAAAAACGAUCAUGGUUAUCUUCUGUAGAGGAAAUCAUUGAAUGCAUACUAGAUAACACAACUCCAGUACAGAAAUUGCUGCGUGAUCGAUAUACAAAAAGGAUUAAACAGUCUUCAACACCAAUAACCAAACAAAGUUCUUUGCAGAAAGUAGAAACGGCACUAAAUGAAAAUCACAAACGAGUAUCUCGUGCAAUUUCGAACAUGCCAAGUCCAAUUCGUACACCAGUCAUUCAGUUGGAAGGUAUUCAGGAAACAACAGACGUUGUAACUGUUGAGAUUGUGCCAAAAGUCACCACUAAACCAGGACUAAAUGGAACGAAUGGGAACAAAACAGGUAGUCUGGGGAAUAACAACAACACCGAUUUCAUAGCAGUUAACAGAGAAAAACUAAAAGCAGUAUUCAUGAAAAUAGACACAAACGGUAACGGUCUUCUAGAAAGAACUGAAUUUCACAAAUUUAUCAAAGAAAUAGGCCUAACAAUGUCUGAAAAAGAAGUAAAUUUAGUGUUUAAAACGGUGGACACACGUGAUAAAAGGGAGAUCACCUUCGAUGAAUUUGAAGUGUACUUUUCGAAGCACGUGAUGGAUGAGACAUCAACUGCUGAAUGCGUAAACGCCAUAAGAAAGGCGUUUUUAGAAGCAGACCGUAAUGGCUCUGGCACAUUAAACUUCAGAGAAUUUACAGAAUAUGUAUGGGAGAAGAAACGUUCAAUUAGGAUGUCUAAAAUUAUGACCUCUUUUUCUGAAAGUGCGAAAGAUGAAAUCACCUUCUCCGAUUUUCAGAAAAUGGUCCAGGGAGGCAAUUCUGAUGUUCUAACUUCGAUAAUCGAGGAAGAAAUUGAGGCUAUCGACCUAAAUGAAUCAUCAGUAGGUCAGUUCCAGAACCAGCUUAAACAGGUCUAUAGUGACACAGAUUCCAAAGAACUUACAACAUACAUACGUGAUAGAUGGAAGAACUUUGCGACUUUCAGAAGGAAAGGAAACACGGGAACAAUUGUAAUGAAAGGAGGGCAUGGGAUGGUGGCAGAUUUAGUUCCAGGGGAAUACAGUUUAAUAGAUCUGGCAUGCUUCCGUGAUCUUCCGCCUCUUAUUCCCAAACACACCGUAGUUAAAGGGGUAAAAUGGGAAAUAGGAACAGUACCUGGAAAGUCCGGUAAAAUUACUUUCCCGCCAGAUUUCAAUGGAAGAGUUGUUACCGAUGUGGCCACUACAGAACUAUUGCGAUAUUAUGACUGCAGUUUUGCUGACGCAAAACAAGAAAAGAUUUCGUUGUUGUAUAGACAUGGAAUACAGGACUUUACAUACGAGAAUGGCUAUUUAGAAAAAUAUGUUGCUGCAACCAACGGUGGAGCGGGUCUCGAACGUCACGAGUUUUCUCACUUAGAUUGUCCGUUGACAGACGAGUCUGGAACAUUCAUUCUAACUAAAUUUACAGAGGACGGAGAAUUUCACAUAACUGGAUUCAAAAUCCCCAAACGUCACACCUUGUAUAUUCCCGGGGGUGUGAUCCAUUGUAACGAUUACCUUAAGGGGACGUGGAGGACCAUGUUAUCAGAUGAAACAGACAUUGACCAUGUACAUCUCACCAGACGAAAUGACGUACACGGUGACGAAAUUUAUGACAAUAAUGUCGAAACAAAAUUUCAAUUUACUUUUGUGUAAAAGGAGACAUUUCUACAUGAUGAAUUUGAAAAUCUAUAUUUUGGUGGAAUCUAGUCAAAAAUUAAUGUUGCAAAUUGUUCAAACGGCUAUGCCUUAUUAUAGCUGACUUGUGAAUAAAAGAUUAAUGAUU